AUGUUACACAUAUUAAAAAAGAUAUUUUUUUUAAUAUUAUUAAAAGCAUUAUUUAAAAUAUCUUACUGUCAAUAUGUACCACCAAAUGCAAGAUUAGAUUGUUUUCCUGAUCCAAAUGCAAGUGAAGAAAAAUGUAUUAGUAGAGGUUGUAUGUGGGAUAAAGUUUAUGAUGGAAGUGAUAAAAAUGUACCACUAUGCUAUUUUCCGCAAAAUACUGGAUAUAGUCUUUAUGGAAAACAAUCAGAUACUUAUAUUCUUAGAAAAAAUUUAAAUAGUCCAUUAAAUCCAUUUUCAGAAAAUUUUGAGAAUUUAUAUGUUAAAGUUUCUAAUAUUGGACAAUACCUUAAAAUAUCUAUUUCACCAAAUACUUCAAGAUAUGUACCACCAGUUCCUUUAUACAAUUCUCCAUUACCAACAUCUGAAAGUUUUGUUUUUAAUUCCCAAAAUACUUCAGGAAUAUUUUCAUUUACUGUUUCUAGAAAAAAUGAUAAUCGCAUUCUUUUUGAUACAUCUAUUGGUGGUUUAUUUUUUGGUGACAAAUUUAUUCAAUUAGCAACAUAUCUUCCAUCAACAAAUUUUUAUGGAUUAGGUGAAAAUAUUCAUCAUACUAUAAAACGAGAUUUUUCUACUUACAAAACAUGGGGACUUUUUGAUAGAGAUAUGGCACCAGAUUCUAAAGAUGCUAAUAGACAUAAUCUCUAUGGUGUUCAUCCAUUUUAUUUAGUUAUGGAACCUGAUGGUAAAGCUCAUGGAGUAUUCUUUUUUAAUUCAAAUGCUCAAGAAUUUGUUACAGGACCUGCUCCUCAUUUAAUUUACCGUACAAUUGGUGGUCAAAUUGAUAUGUUUUUUUUCCCUGGUCCAACUCCUGAAGAUGUAAUUAAACAAUAUACUUCUCUUAUUGGAAAACCAUUUUUACCACCACUUUGGUCAUUAGGUUUUCAACUUUCAAGAUGGGGAUAUGAAACUCUUGAUUAUGCUAAACAAAUUAUUCAAAGAAAUAUUAAUGCUGGUAUACCAUUAGAUGUUAUUUACUUUGAUAUUGAUUAUAUGGAUCGUUAUAAAGAUUUUACAAUUGGUUCAUCAUUUAGUGAUCUUCCAGAGUAUGUAAAAAAUUUAAAACAAAAUUACAAUAUUAAAACUUUUCUUAUGUUUGAUCCAGCAAUAGAAGUUGAUUAUGAAGUUUUUAGACGUGGAAUUGAAAAAAAUGCAAGUUUUGUUUCAUGGUUAUAUCCAAAUUUAGUUCAACGAUCAAUAAAUGAUUUAUAUCCAUUGACUAAAAAUAGUAGUAUAAUGCUUGGUGUCGUUUGGCCUGAUAAACAUGUUGCAUUCCCUGACUUUUUAGAUACAACUGAUAACACAGUAAAUUGGUGGAGUUAUGAACUUGGCCAUUUUUGGGAUAAAGUUAAUUAUGAUGGAAUAUGGAUUGAUAUGAAUGAACCAUCUGAUUUUUCAACAAAUGAAGCUAAAGUAUUAGAUACUGGUUGUAUUGGGGGUAAUAAUUGUUUAGAAACAUUAAAAUGUCCUUUAACUGGACCAUAUUCUGAAUAUGAUAAUCCUAAUUAUCAAACAUAUAAUGUUUAUGAAUAUGGAAGUAAUACAUAUUUAUCUACAAAAACAUUAUGUAUGAUUGGAUCAACAAUGAAUGGAAAUGGUAUUUUUUAUAAUACUAAAAAUCUUUAUGGGUGGUCUGAAACAGUUGCAACAAAACGUGGUAUUGAUAAUGCUAAGAAAUCAAGAGGUCAUAAUGAUAGAAAUGUUGUUUUUUCAAGAUCUACUUUUGCUGGAUCAGGUAAUCAUGGUGGACAUUGGUUAGGUGAUAAUAAUGCACUUUGGGCUGACUUAAAAACAACUGUUAUUAGUGUUCAAGAAUUUAAUAUGUUUGGAAUAACAUAUGUUGGUUCUGAUGUUUGUGGUUUUAAUGGUGAAAGUAACGAAGAAUUAUGUUUACGAUGGCAACAAGUUGGAGCUUUCCAUUCAUUUUAUAGAAAUCACAAUACUCUUGGUGCAGCACCUCAAGAUCCUGCUCAAUGGCCAACAGUUACAUCUGCAACAAUUAAAGCUAAUAAAUUUAGAUAUAAAUAUAUUCCAUAUUUAUAUUCUUUACAUUAUUAUUCAUCAUUACAAGGUGGAACAGUUGUUAAACCAUUAUUUUUUGAAUUUCCAAAUGACGAAGAGACAUAUGAUCUUGGACAUCAAUUUAUGUGGGGACCAAAGUUUAUGGUUAUACCUGUAAUAACAGAAGGAAUGACUUCUGUUAGAGGUUACCUACCUGAUAUUCCUGAAGGAUGGUAUUCUAUUUAUGAUUAUAAUUAUGGUCUUCAAAUACCUUCAGGUUACAAUGAAUUUUAUGCACCAUGGACAUAUAAUGCUCCAACAUUUAUAAGAGGUGGAGCAAUUAUACCUAGAUUAUAUCAAAGUAAUGUUACAUUACCACGUACUUUACAUAAUGAUCAUUCAUUAUUAAUUACUCUUGAUAAUGAAAAUAGUGCAUCUGGUGAAUUUUAUUUUGAUCAAGAUAAUUCAGAAAUUCUUUUAACUCAAACAACAUCAUCAUUUUCACAUUUUAAAUAUCAAUUCAAUUGUAAUAAUACUGAUUCUACACUAAUUCUUACAGUAGAUAAAUUUACUACUACAUUAUUAGGAUAUAGUAUUAAAAAUAUUGAAAUUUUUGGUUAUCCAUAUCAAGUAGAUUAUAAAUCAUUUAAAGUUGAUGAUGUAACAAAAACUGUAAUUAUUGGACAAUCUAGUGCUUCACCAUUUUCAAAAAUAUUAAAUGUAACUUUCCUUGAUGGAAUAGCAUCAAACAAAUAUCCUGAAGUAACAAAAAAUACAAAAACAACUAUAUAUAAAUGGAAACAUUUAUAA